UGUUCCUAACCGGUUUACGAAUUAGAUAUUACAGAUCCUCGGAUCAAAGCGUCGAAUUCUCUUGUCUCAAUCCAAUCUCUGAUCAAAACCCUAAUUCCCCAACUCCGAUUCUUUUUCCUUUUUGAUUGAUUGAUUGAUCGUCGUUGAAUACUCAAAGCAGCGAAGAUGGUUUUAGGAGAGCUUUGCGGGCAGAUUACCCGCGCCUUGCAGCAGAUGAGCAAUGUGACAAUUAUCGAUGAGAAGGCUCUGAAUGAUUGCUUGAACGAGAUCACACGAGCUCUUCUCCAGUCCGAUGUUUCUUUCGCUCUUGUGAGGGAGAUGCAGAGCAAUAUCAAGAAGAUCGUCAAUCUCGAGGAGCUAGCAACCGGCCACAACAAGCGACGGAUCAUUGAGCAGGCUAUUUUUACUGAACUCUGUAAGAUGUUGGAUCCAGGAAAGCCUGCCUUUGCCCCCAAAAAGGCAAAAGCAAGUGUAGUUAUGUUCGUCGGAUUAAAAGGUUAGGUUUUUGUAAGUUGUUCUUGGUGUUUGAUUGAGUUUGUUUCUAUUUUGUAGAUAGAUUGUAUGCUGAUACUUUUAGGGCCGGUGCUUUCGAUCAGCUGAAACAGAAUGCCACCAAGGCUAGGAUCCCCUUUUAUGGAAGCAUCCGCGACGCAAAACUAGAGCAAGGGUUUUUUUUCGUCAUCACUGGAAAACACACGGCGGCGCGAUGUCUAAGCUGCUCCCAGUUGAGAAUUCUGAGGAUGUCGGUAGAAGAAACAACGGAGAAUCCUGCCGGAAAGAGCUGAAGAAGGAGACACGUCUCGCCAUCUCCGCAAAGAAAGACGAGGAUUUUGGGAAGUGGUAUUCUGAGGUUUGUAGACGAACUAACAUAAUGAGCCACUACAAUAUAAGCGGCUGCUACAUUCUCAAUCCAUCUGCAAUGAAGGUUUUAGAAGUUAAUCCGAGUUUGUAGACGAACUAACAUAAUGGGCCACUACGAUAUAAGCGGCUGCUACAUUCUCAAUCCAUCCGCAAUGAAGGUUUGGAAGUUAAUCCGAGCUUUCUUUGAUGCCGAAAUUGAGAAGAUGGACGUGGAGGAAUACUGUUUCCCUAUGUUUGUAUCACCUGCUUGUCUUGAGAAAGAGAAGGACCACAUCGAAGGAUUUUCUCCCGAGGUUGCUUAAGUUACGAGAGCUGGUGAUUCUGAGCUGCCUACCCAAAUUGCUAUACGCCCAACCAGUGAAACCGCCAUCUACCCUUACUUUAGCAAAUGGAUUAGAGGGCACAGGGAUCUCCCAUUGAAGCUUAACCAAUGGGUUAACGUAGUGAGAUGGGAGUUUAGCGACCCUGUUCCAUUUAUCAGGAGCCGUGAGUUCCUUUGGCAGGAAGGGCACACUGCUUUCGCCACCAAAAGCGAGGCAGAUAAAGAGGUGUUUGAUAUUUUGCAAAUCUACUCGGACGUUUACGAGAAGCUCCUUGCGGUCCCUGUCAUCAAAGGUAUGAAGAGUGAGAACGAAAAGUUUGCCGGUGGGCUUUACACCUCCAGCGUCGAGGCUUUCAUUCCAGCCGCUGGCCGUGGUGUACAAGCUGCAACCUCACAUUGUUUGGGACAAAACUUUGCAAAGAUGUUUGACAUCUCUUUUGAAGACAAGGAGGGGCAUAGAUCAUUGGUGUGGCAGAACUCGUGGGGUCUCAGUACCAGAUCGAUUGGAGUGAUGAUUAUGACACACGGGGAUGACAAAGGUUUGGUUUUCCCUCCUCUGGUCGCACCUGUUCAAGUUGUCGUGAUCCCAGUUCCUUUCAGUGGUGUUGAUACUAAAAUCAUCUAUGAGGCAUGCGAAGCUGUUAAAUCCACCUUGCUCGAGGCUGGAAUCCGUGCUAAAGCAGAUACACGCGACAACUAUGCUUGCGGCUGGAAGUAUUCAGACUGGGAGCAAAAGGGCGUUCCAUUGAGAAUCGAAAUUGGUCCCAGGGACUUGGCUAAGAAUCAGGUGAGAAUAGUGAGGCGUGACAAUGGCGCCAAGGCAGAUCUCUCGAGAGAAGGCUUGAUUGAACAAGUUAAGGACUUGCUCGGCAAAAUCCAGGAAAACCUCUUUGAUGCGGCUAAGAGAAAGGUGGAUGCAUGCACUCAAAAGGUUGAAACUUGGGACGAUUUCAUGGAAGCACUCAACCAGAAGAAACUGAUCCUGGCUCCCUGGUGUGAUGAAGUUGAAGUGGAGAGGCUUGUGAAGGAGCAUACCAAAACAGAAACAGCAGCAGCAACAGCCAAGACUCUAUGCACUCCCCUUGAGCAGCCUGAACUCAACGAAGGCACCCUAUGCUUUGCAUCCGGAAAGCCCGCGAAGAAGUGGAGCUACUGGGGCAGGAGUUACUGAGCUUGGGUUACAACACAUUGUGCUGUGCUAUUGCAGCCACCUGCGUAUUUUAUGUGUUGUGCUUUAUAAACUUCUUAUGAAGCUCUGUUUGCUGUUUGCCCCAGACUGGGGUCAAAGAGUAGGCCUCGUUAAACUAUUAUGUUAUUGCUACUUUUUCUUUUAUGUAAGUUAUAUCUAUGUGUUUGGUGGAACCUCCUUAUUCAGUUAAACUAUUAUGUUAUUGCUACUUUUUCUUUAUGUAAGUUAUAUCUGUGUGUUUGGUGGAACCUCCUUAUUCAGUCCGAUAACUAGUGAUUU